UCAAGUCUUCAAACCAACACCAACAACAAUCAUGAAAGGAUUAAUCUUCGUCGUUUUCGUCGCUACAAGUGUUUUCGCCUACGAAAUUAUUACCGAUGGUGAACAAGAAUAUCUUUUGGUUCCUCUUAAUUCUCAACAAAUUAGAACAAAAAGACAAACCGGGAUUGGUUAUGACAGUGGAAGUAAACGUAUUCAAUUAAGCCACACUGGAACUUUAGUAAACAAUGAUAAUCACCAUCUUGCGGGAACCGGAAGCAUCUCGCAUGGAAUUAAAAAUGGUCCAUUAAGUACCGGAGGUAGUUUACAAUACUCGCAUAUUCCAAGUGGAAGCUCUUUCGGUGCUGGAGCUCAACACACCAACGGAUUUGGAACAGAUGUCGGAGUCGGUGGUCGUUAUAAUUUCGUUAACAAACCCAACACCCAAGCUUUUGUGCAAGGACAAUAUGAUAGGCAUUAUGGGGGACUUCCCGGAACGGGUAAACCCAAUUAUGGAGUUCAUGUUGGUCUUAAUCACAGAUUUUAACAUUUUUUGUGUUCAAUUAAAGUCUGCUUUAAAUAACAAUGACGCUGCCCUUAUUUAAA